CUAGAGUCCCUGAAGGAUGAGCUCAUUGCUCUUAAGAGAAACCAUGAGGAGGAGAUCAGGAUGCUGCAGUCUCAAACUGGUGGCGACGUGAGUGUGGAGGUCAAUGCUGCCCCUGGAGAAGACUUGACAAAGGUACUCAAUGACCUGAGAAACGAAUACGAGCAGAUCAUUGAGAAGAACCGCAGAGAGGUGGAGCAGUGGUACGAAGUCAAGAUUGAAGAAGUCAACCGCCAGGUCACCUCCAGCAGCCAGGACAUCCAGACCAGCAGCCACCAGCUCACGGAACUGAGACGUGAAAUGCAGAAUCUGGAGAUCGAACUGCAGGCGCAGCUCAGCACGAAAACCUCUCUGGAGAACUCCUUGGCAGAAACGGAUUCCCGCUACGGCUUCCUGCUGCAACAAAUCCAAGCGCAGAUUAACUCUGUGGAGGAGGAGCUGGCCAGUAUCC